UGUUCAAAGAUUUCUCUUUUUGACGUCAAUACGGGAUACGGUCUCGAUGUCUCGUGACAAUGGUUAGGUAUUGAUCAUCUGAUAGAAUAAAGGAAGUGGGUGUUUUUCUUCCGAGGAAGGAGAAAAACAAACUGAUGAACAUUGCUUCGGUCUAUUUUCCUUGAUCCCCGGUAUUAACUCCAGAGAAGUUUUAAUCAACUACCAAGAUGGGAUCUCUAUUCAGAAGUGAGGAAAUGGCAUUGUGUCAACUCUUUCUACAGAGUGAAGCUGCAUACGCUUGUGUAUCGGAACUGGGAGAACUGGGACUUGUACAAUUCCGAGAUCUCAAUCCAGAUGUAAAUGCAUUCCAACGUAAAUUUGUAAACGAAGUCCGCCGAUGUGAUGAAAUGGAACGCAAACUGCGUUAUUUAGAAAAGGAAAUAAAAAAGGACGGCAUUCCAAUGCUUGAUACAGGAGACAAUCCUGAAGCACCCCAACCACGUGAAAUGAUUGAUUUAGAAGCGACUUUCGAGAAACUAGAGAAUGAACUGCGAGAAGUGAAUCAGAAUGCCGAGGCUCUUAAACGAAAUUUCCUCGAACUAACCGAACUGAAGCAUAUUCUUCGCAAAACACAAGUCUUCUUCGACGAGCAAGAGCACGCUGGUUUAAAUUCCACUGAAUCGAUGACACGAGCCUUAAUCAGUGACGACAAUAUCGCUCGACAGUCGACGCUCGGUCCUGUUCAGCUGGGUUUCGUCGCCGGAGUCAUUCUCAGAGAGCGAAUUCCAGCCUUCGAGAGGAUGUUGUGGCGAGCGUGUCGAGGAAACGUAUUUCUCCGUCAGGCGGAAAUCGAAACUCCCCUUGAAGAUCCAACAACUGGAGACAAAGUCUACAAAUCGGUUUUCAUCAUUUUCUUCCAAGGUGAUCAGUUGAAAACUCGCGUUAAAAAAAUCUGCGAAGGAUUCCGAGCAACAUUGUACCCCUGUCCUGAAGCUCCGACAGAUCGACGAGAAAUGGCAAUGGGCGUCAUGACAAGAAUCGAAGACUUAAACACUGUCCUGGGUCAGACUCAAGACCAUCGCCAUCGAGUUCUCGUCGCUGCUGCCAAAAACCUCAAGAAUUGGUUCAUCAAAGUCCGGAAGAUCAAAGCAAUUUAUCAUACGUUGAACCUUUUUAAUUUAGACGUUACUCAAAAGUGUCUAAUUGCAGAAUGUUGGGUGCCACUUUUGGAUAUCGAGAGCAUUCAACUGGCUUUGCGUCGAGGAACCGAGCGCAGCGGCAGUUCCGUUCCACCCAUUCUGAACCGAAUGGACACCUUCGAAGAUCCACCGACGUACAAUCGCACAAAUAAAUUUACCAGUGGAUUCCAAGCGUUAAUAGACGCCUACGGUGUUGCGUCUUAUAGAGAAAUGAAUCCUGCACCUUAUACUAUAAUCACUUUUCCAUUUUUAUUCGCCAUUAUGUUCGGCGACACUGGACAUGGUCUCAUCAUGUUUCUAUUUGGGGCCUGGAUGGUCUUGAAGGAGAAGCCUCUUGCGGCAAAGAAAUCAGAUAACGAAAUUUGGAACAUUUUCUUUGGCGGACGUUACAUCAUCUUUCUGAUGGGGCUGUUUUCCAUGUACACGGGGUUGAUAUACAACGAUGUUUUCUCCAAGUCCCUGAAUAUAUUUGGAUCCUAUUGGAGCGUGAAUUAUGAUUUGAAAGUUCUCCAAGACAAUCCGCACUUACAGUUGAAUCCAAAUUCAACAGACUAUUCCAAAUAUCCGUAUCCGUUUGGAAUGGACCCCAUUUGGCAGUUGGCUGAGAACAAGAUCAUUUUUCUAAAUUCUUACAAAAUGAAAAUUUCCAUUAUCUUCGGGGUCAUUCACAUGUUCUUUGGAAUUAUGGUCGGUUUCUGGAAUCAUAUGUACUUUAAAAAGAGAUUGAACAUCAUUUGCGAGUUUAUACCGCAAAUUAUUUUCCUGUUGUUUUUGUUCUUCUACAUGGUUCUUCUGAUGUUUAUCAAGUGGAUCAAGUACUAUCCGUACGGCGACGAGCAGCACGGACCAUAUUGUGCUCCCUCGGUUCUAAUCACUUUCAUAAACAUGGUUCUGUUCAAUAAAAGUGUGCGUCGUGAGCCAUGCGACGAGAAUAUGUACGCUGGUCAGCAGGGGCUGCAAAAAUUCUUGGUAGUCAUCGCUCUUCUUUGCAUUCCCUGGAUGCUGUUCGCAAAACCAUUCAUGAUGAUUCAGGAGAGGAAGAAGCAGCACUAUCAACUCAAUAAUCAUGGAACGGAAAAUGGAGAUGUUGAAGGUGCUAGUGGAAAUCAACAGGUACAGAUGCAAAAUGUUCAAAAGAAUGAGGAGGAGGAUAUGAGCGAGGUCUUUAUUCAUCAAGGUAUUCAUACUAUUGAGUACGUUCUCGGAAGUGUCUCUCACACUGCUUCGUACCUUCGAUUGUGGGCCUUGUCCCUGGCUCAUGCACAACUUUCCGAAGUAUUAUGGAAUAUGGUAAUGAAAAAUGGAUUAGUUAAGGAAGGUUGGCUCGGCGGAUUUUUCCUCUGGGCCAUUUUUGCCUUUUGGGCAGUUUUAACGGUUGGUAUUUUGGUUUUAAUGGAGGGCUUGUCCGCCUUCCUUCACACACUCAGGCUCCACUGGGUGGAAUUCCAGAGCAAGUUUUAUGCUGGUAUGGGUUACAGCUUUCAACCUUUUUCAUUUGAACUAAUUCUUGACUCUGCUCAAGCAACAGGGGAAGAAUAAAAACUUUUAUUUCGUUUAAAAAAUUAAUUGUAUAAAUACUUAUAUAAAUAGGAUGUAAUUUUGAUUUAAUCGCCCAAAUGAACAGAUUAAAAGCAUUUUAAGUUUAAUUUAUGUUAUUAUUAUACUAUAUAUAUAAAUAUAAAUGUUCCCCAAAAUUGAAAAUAAAAACCAUUCUGAUAUAUAUACACACAAGAA